AUUAUUAUUUUUUUAUUAUUAUUAUUCCUUUUUUUAGCGACAGCUCUCAAACCUACUUUGGGGUCUUAAAACGAAACCGUACACCAUUUCACUGUGGACAUUACACCCUCUUACAGAUAUGGGAGACAUGGGAGACCCACCAAAAAAAAAACGUCUGAUUUCCCUAUGUGUUGGUUGCGGCAAUCAAAUUCACGAUCAGUAUAUUCUGAGGGUUUCUCCGGAUUUGGAAUGGCAUGCGGCGUGUUUGAAGUGUGCAGAGUGUAAUCAGUAUUUGGACGAGACCUGUACAUGCUUUGUUAGGGAUGGCAAAACCUACUGUAAAAGAGAUUAUAUCAGGUUAUACGGCAUCAAGUGCGCCAAAUGCAGCAUCGGCUUCAGCAAGAAUGACUUCGUGAUGCGCGCCCGCGCCAAGGUGUACCACAUCGAGUGUUUUCGCUGCGUGGCCUGCAGCCGCCAGCUCAUCCCCGGCGAUGAAUUCGCGCUGCGAGAGGACGGCCUCUUCUGCCGGGCAGACCACGACGUGGUGGAGAGGGCCAGCCUGGGCGGCGGGGACCCUCUCAGCCCCCUGCAUCCCGCUCGGCCGCUGCAGAUGGCAGCAGAACCUAUCUCUGCCAGACAGCCAGCUCUGCGGCCCCAUGUCCACAAGCAGCCAGAGAAAACCACCCGAGUCCGGACUGUCCUUAAUGAAAAGCAGCUUCACACCUUGAGGACCUGCUACGCUGCCAACCCCAGACCUGACGCCCUCAUGAAGGAGCAACUGGUAGAAAUGACUGGCCUCAGCCCGAGGGUCAUCAGGGUUUGGUUUCAAAACAAGCGAUGCAAGGACAAAAAAAGGAGCAUUAUGAUGAAGCAACUUCAGCAGCAACAACCCAAUGACAAAACUAAUAUCCAAGGGAUGACAGGAACUCCAAUGGUGGCUGCUAGUCCGGAGAGACAUGACGGCGGUUUGCAGGCGAACCCCGUGGAGGUGCAGAGUUACCAGCCGCCCUGGAAAGUACUGAGCGACUUCGCAUUGCAGAGUGACAUAGACCAACCUGCUUUUCAGCAACUAGUUAAUUUUUCAGAAGGAGGACCUGGUUCCAAUUCCACUGGAAGUGAAGUAGCAUCGAUGUCCUCUCAGCUGCCAGAUACACCCAACAGCAUGGUAGCCAGUCCUAUUGAGGCAUGAGGAACAUUCAUUCAAAUAUCUGUUGUUGUUUCUGCCCUUACCCUCACCCCUGUUGAAGAGAGUGGGAAAGUGAACGUGUUGGGACUUCGAAAUUUAGGGGGAAAGAAUAUUUAACAACCCUGUAAUGAACCUAGCAAGGAACUGCUCCAUGAGAUGAACGGAGUCAUAUUUGAAAAGACAAGGUAAUAUGGUAGCAACACUGUGAAGACAAUCAUGGGAUCUUACUAGAAAAAAAAUACUUAAAAGAACCACAAGCCCCCCACAAACCCUGCGCUUUUCAAUGAUCAGAGGAGUGUCGAAAAGACGUUUUCCAAAUAUAGUGGAUUUGUACCCGUGGAUCUCAAAGAGAAAAAAAAAAAAAAAAAAAAAGAAAAAAAAAAAGGAAAUCUUUUCAUUUGACUGCACAUCUUAGGGAGAAACCAAGGUAGAGGGACUUUCUAUCCGGUCCCUCCCAUUCCGAAUGGUGCUGUUUCUAUAUUGGGGAUAGCCUUGCCAAAAGAAGCUCCAGUAGGUUUUCCAUCAUCAGGAAAGAGACGAUUCAGCCCUGCAUUGUUGAAAGAUUCCUUGCAGGAAGGUGGAGCUGCAUUGGUUUGCAAUGUUGUUUUUAGCUGACUCUUAACAAGGGGUUCUUUCCUGGGUCUCUUCUAGCAUGCCUGUAGCGGGGUUUUGAUUUUGUUUGGUUGAGAUCCACCCCCUAUUAAGUGUGAUGCGAUUAAAAAUAGGUUUUUGGAUUCCUCUUUAAAGGCGAAUUUAUAAAAAACAAAAAACAAAAAACAUUGCAACAAGGUAUACCUCUAUUUUGCCACAAAGCGUCUCGGGAUUGUGUUUGAAAUGUGUCCGCCCAAGAACCUUCCCCUCCCCCAGAGAUGUGUAUAGUCAUUGGUUAUAACGACUGUUUUUCUCUCUUUCCUUUCUCUUUCUCUCUCACUCUCUAGGAAAAAAAAAAUAGGAAAAAAAGUAAAAAAAAAAAAAAUAGGAAAAGUAAAAAAAAAAAAAAAAUCACUCCUUUUGUUUGCUCUUGCAUUGCAAAAUUAUAAAGUAAUUUAUUAUUUAUUAUCAAAAGACUUGCCACUUUUCAUGUCAGUUGACUAUUUUUUGUUUGCUGAAGUAAAAAAAAAAAAAAAAAAGAAAAAAAAAGAAAA